AUGUCUGAACAGACAAAAACUACCCUUGGUGAAUCAUGGGUAAUGGCUUCGACCGCCUCUUUGGAGAAAGAAGUCGCCGACCCAGAGCCCAGACCAACAAUCAGCAAGGGCGCAAAAAAAGCCUCCGAAUCACUGGCAGCCUCAUGGGAAUCAGGCCCCGAGCUUGUGAUGCCCUCGAUCUGCGAGACACCCAACCCCGAAGGAUCCUGGGUGGAAUAUGUGCGCACACCAAAACAGCCCGGGUCAGAAGGCACGCGCAAGCGGCGCAAGGUCUCAUCGCCCAGCAAGCUACACCAGGCAGUCAAUCACCCCGCCAAAGCAGACGCCGGAUCGUCUGAUAAGGCCUUGAAAGCUUCCAAGCCGACUUGGUUAAACACUGCGCUCGCCCGCACCGCGAUCAACACAAUCUUAAUCGCUCUCAUCGUCCAUUUACUCGUCCUCCCCGAGCUCGUCUACCAAGCAAACGACCUCUGUCGAAUCCCAAGCAUCAAAUCUCUCUACGCCAGCAGCUGUAUAGUCCCACACGCACCCCCAAACCAAUCAACACCCUCCGACCUGACAACCUCCCAAACAAACCUUCAAUCCAUCCUCACUACAACCCUCACAGCUCUCACCCCACUCUCCGCAACGCUCAAAGAAAGCGAAACAAUCCUAACCAAACUCUCCACCCACCUACGCAACACAAUCCCAGAAGCCCGACACGCCCUCGACCUCGAAUUCAGCGGCAGCGACGCAGCCCUACAGACAGCAAUCUGGGAAUUCGAAUCCCUCCGCACCGACCUCCGCUCCGCCCUAGACAGUCUCCUCUCCCCCACGCAAUCAAGCCUCGCAAUCCAUCUCCGACGACGGAAUGAAUAUCUCGAGCGUCUGCGCGCGCAGAUCCGCAGCAAAGCCGAGUCCCUGAAUGCGCGAUUCAGCACACUGGACGAUCACCUGGAGGCGGUGGGGAUGGUUGCGCGAGAACAUGUUGAGUCGGUUUCGUAUUCGGUUCUAGACUCCCUGCCCUUCGGGUAUCUUUGGGGAUCGUCAGGAGAUGCAGAGGAGUCGUCAGCUCGGCCUGAGACCCUUGCGCUGGUGCGUGGUGCGGCGUCGCAUCACCGUGGUGUUGCUGAUUCGGUGCUUUGGCUGUCACGCCAGUUGGGGUCCACUUGA